AUGCGAGAGCUCUUGCUGCCGGAGGCUGCUGAAGAUGGCUAUCGUGAGCAAGGCUUCUCCGAGGCUGACACGUUGGAGUAUCGGCAGCUUGCGAAGUUUCCUUCGACACAAGUGGAGGAAUGGGACUGGAAGGGGAAUGAUUCAUGGGGCUCAGGCUACGGUGUAGCUUGGUCGGCUUGGAAUGAUGAUCAGUGGGGCUGGGGUUCUUGGGGCUGGAGCUCUACCCCUGGGUGGUGGAGCAAGCACCAGGAUGAUGACAGGUGCAAAGAAGCUGAAAGCCCAGGCCCACAAAGCACCCAGCAGACCCCGCAGAAGCAAACUGAGUCGCAGCCCCGCUCCGGCAGCACAACAAGAAGCCCAAAAAGCAUUGAGAAUGCACAUGCAUUGAAGCGAGCCACCACGAUGUCUUCGCAGCCUGCAACCCCAGCAACCUCUCCUUUGAAGGCCUCGCCCUCUGUUCCAGCUACCCAGCCGUCCCCAACCACCUCCCCUGCAACAACAGGCCAGAACAAGCGCAAGCAUGGUGACACAAGCCUCAAGAAGCCUGAGAAGGAUGUGAGCACAGGUUCGCCGCAGGAGCAGUGGGCAUCAAUUCAGGAUAUCUUGCAACGAGGCCACACAGUGGACCGCCUCAGCGAUGAUGAACUCGCUGAGGUAGUUUUUCAGAUCGACCGAUUGAAGAAAAGCCGUUCGAUGCCCGUACAGGAAACUGAAGCACCGACCCAGCAGGGACAGGAGGCACAAAAGGAAAAGGAUGAGUCGCAGGCAACCGAAGCAGACAAGAAAAAGAAGGAGUCGCAGGCAACCGAAGCAGACAAGGAAAAGAUGGAGUCACAGGCAACCGAAGCACAGAAAGAAAAGAAGGAGUCAGAGGCAACCGAAGCAGACAAGGAAAAGAAGGAGUCACAGGCAACCGCAGCACAGAAGGACAAGAAGGAGUCACAGGCAACCGAAGCACAGAAGGACAAGAAGGAGUCACAGGCAACCGAAGCACAGAAGGACAAGAAGGAGUCACAGGCAACCGAAGCACAGAAGGACAAGAAGGAGUCACAGGCAACCGAAGCACAGAAGGACAAGAAGGAGUCACAGGCAACUGUCGAAAAGGCUGGGGCAACCAAAGCAGAGGAGCAGAAGGACGGAGAUCCCAAAGACAAGCAAGAAUUGACACCGGAGCAGGAGGCAAAGCUUGCACUGAAGAAGAAACUCCAUGCACGCUACAUGAGAUUCAGUCGAUCUCUCACCAGUGGCCGGACACCGAAGGAAGUGAGGAAGCUGGCUGACAGAGACCUGGAUUCUGAUCAGAGAAACUUCUUGUUCGAGCAUUGGCUUCAGGCCAACGAGAACUGGAACGCAUCCAAGCUUUUGGUUACCUUGAAGAACAAGUCCGGGAAAAAGAAGGUUGGACUCCGAAAGUGGCUGACAAAGGCCGACCUUCUGCAGAAGUACAAGGACGAGGAGGUGGUACAGGCCAUCAUAGAUGCAAAGGUGAAUGACAAGGAGCUGUGCAAGACACAGGUGAGGAACCAUCCUGAUUGCCCUCAUCGCGAAGAUCUCAAGCAAUACCUAUGUGUUGUAGAUGAUAGCGAGGAAAACUACGAAGGGGAAGAAGUGGAACACACGUUCGAGAUGGACAACGAUCUCGACGAGUCGAGCUCCGACCAAAGCAGUGACGAGGAUGGUCAGGAGGAGGAUGAGGAAGAGCAGGCCAAACAGCCAACCGGCGGAGACGAUGGAGAAGACAAGCCACUGAAUGCAAAGGAGAUGAAAGGCAAGGCCAGGAAGGCAGUGGACAAAGCCACGGACAAGCUCCAAGCAGUACGAAAGUGCCAGGACGUGGAAUCGGGUGACAAACUCCUGAAAGCCAUGAAGGACGAUGUCGAAGCCCAGGCCUCGCUCAUCCGGACGGAGAGAGCAGAUCUGCAGCGAUUGAUGGAUGAGUCCGUGGCAUCCAUGCCGAGCGCCGUGGACAAGCUGACCACAACGUGUGACAAGUUUGAUAAGAUCACCAAGGAGUUCUGGAACAAAGUGAAUGGUGAAGAUGUCGAUAAGGAUACCGAUGGCUUGCUGCAGCAUAUGUACAACAAGAUAUCCAGUGGAGCUUCCAGUAUUGAUGCAGCUAUGAAAGAUGCCCAAGCUGGUUUCCAGGACACCCAGAAGUUCUUCAAGGGCAAGACUAUUAAAUCGUUGAUGCGGUUCAAGCCUGGAAAUGCUGCACGUGACUUCUUCAAGACUGUGAAGCUUCCUCUGGAGCCUACACCAGUCAAAGUUCCUGUCUGGGAGUAUGCGGAUGGUGAAUGGAAGCAGGCCUCAACUACGGUACCGGUACUAGACAUACAUGAGAUUCUGAGCUACGUUCAUUGUGAGCUGGGAUUGCAAACCCCGCCGGAGAAGGUCAAAGAAUACUGGGCACACCUGUGCAGCCACGGUGUUCCCUUUGCCACUCGUCACCCUUCUACACAUGCAAACGAGCCGUGCCGACAUUCCCACAUACCGUUCUCACUUUAUGGAGAUGAAUGCCAGCUGUCAGCAGAUGGUUCGGAGAAGGUGACAGCCAUGUUUGUCUCCUUAACUCUUUUCCGACCCAAAGAGGUUAGGCUUGGACACUUUAUGGUUUUUUGUAUGAAGGACGAGUUCAUGGUUCACGAAAACCUUGCGACCCUGAGCCCCAUUCUGAAGCACAUUGCCUGGAGUUCGAAUGUGGCCUUUGAUGGCAAGUUUCCACAAUGUGGGCCAAUGGGCGAAGCUUUGUCAUCUUCGAAGAUGGCCCGGGCCGGGGAUUUCCUGGCGCACGGACGGGCAUUCGCUGCUUGUGAACUUCGGGGAGAUUGGAAAUGGCAUGAAAGGACACUUCGGCUGCUUCACACUCCUACAAGCACAUGCUGCUGCCUGUUCUGUGGGGCUGAAGCUUCUGAUGAGUCCCCGCUUCGAUAUUACGAGACUGGAGAGUCUGCAGGCUGGGCUUCCACGAUUGCUACAACAGCAGACUUUUUGCUUCACAAAGUUCGGCCUGGAUGCUUGAGUGACUUGGACUGCAUGUCUAAAUCCUGCUACCAACCUACUAUAAGUAUUCUAUUCUAA